AUGUCCUCUCAAGUCCCUCCAGCUGGUGUUUGGGCGCCAGCGGUCACCUUGUUCGACCCCGAUACCGACAAGGUAGACUUUGAGAACCAGGCACGCUAUUUUCGCUACCUAUCUACCACAGGGCUCGCAGGGCUUGUGAUUCUGGGGACAAAUGCAGAGACUAUGCUGCUUACGCGGGAGGAGCGAAAAGCGUUAAUCGCGACCGCGCGGCGAGCCGUAGGGCCCAAGUUUCCCUUGAUGGCAGGCGCGCUGGCGAACAGCACCGCGCAGACACUUGAAUUCAUAUCCGACGCUGCAGCAGCUGGCGCAAACUCCGUAUUGGUGCUCCCGAACGCUUACUUCGGUAGCGCAACCACACCUCAGGUUCUAGAGAACUUCUACGACCAGAUUGCGGCUCGCAGCGAGUUGCCUAUUGUGAUUUACAAUUUCCCAGGUGUUUGUAAUGGCGUCGAUCUUUCAUCAGACUUUAUCGAAGCCAUGGCCAAGCGCCACAGCAACAUCGUGGGUGUCAAGCUAACGUGCGGCUCCGUGGCCAAGAUCACGCGUCUCGCAGCCGCAUUGCCCAAGGAGAGGUUUGCCGUCUUCGGUGGCCAGGCCGAUUUCAUCAUUGGCGGGUUGAGCUCGGGUUCCUCUGGCUGCAUCGCUGCUUUCGCCAACGUUGCCCCACGAUGCAUCGUUCGCAUCAACGAGCUCUACCACCAGGGUAGACACGCGGAGGCUCUUGCGUUGCACCAGAAGACUGCACUCGCUGAGCAAGCAAUUAAGGGUGGCAUUGCGCCUACAAAGUAUGCUGCGGCCAUCCAUAGCGCUACCUAUGCCGGUAUCCAAGAUGCUCCCGCUAAGAUGGCGCCGCGUAGGCCCUACGUUGCGCCAACUGCCGCUGUUCAAGAGAUGGUCAAGACCAGAACGGCGGAAAUCGGGGAGAUCGAGCAGGGCUUGCCGCUUACUGAUAGACCUAUUUCUUCGAAGAUAUGAUGAUACAAUAUCGCACGCAGAGUCUUCUGUAUAUGAUCAUCACGAUUGGGGGGCUACAAAUAUUUGGAGCGGAUGGCAAAAGGUUUCUGAAGGCUGUUGCGAAGCUCAGCGCUUGUCAACAUUUGUUUGUUCCCGCUGACUCAAGGGAUUAAAGAUAAUGAUAGACUCAAUAACUACAUUCCCCUAUCGCUUCACCAUUCCGGCGUUUCUCUGCGACGUCGUAUCUAAUCUAUGGAUAUCAGUGGAUUUUGAUCGGAAGUCAGCCUCAGCAAAAGCAUCGACGCAGGGC